UUUUUUUUAAAAAAAACUAUUGAAGAGGAGAAAUUUUUUUGUCUUUUUUAAUUCUUGAAACCAUGCUUUCACUCAAGAUAUGUAUACGAUCCUUCUCCUCAACUUGCAAUGUUCAGUCCAAACGAUCAGCACUUCGUAAACCUAAUAUAUCUACACUCACUAAACAUUUAAAGCCGGAUGGCAUGAAUGGUCGAGAACGCCGUGACUUACUCCGUGCCUCACUUAAACACAAUAAACCCAAGACAUCCAAUGCUCCUUAUAUACCCAUCAAGAGACGACUUGAGACCAUCAAGACACCCACUGAAUUAAAUGCAAAACAAUUGGCUGCUCAUUUAGCUCAACAGACCUGGGAUGAUCUUAAACUAUCGUCUGAUGCCAUCAAGGCUAUCAAGACAGUCUUGAACGAAUCUGCAACACCUACCGAGAUUCAAGCACUGGCUAUUCCUCCUCUGCUUGAUCGCCGUAAGAGACACGUUCUUGUGGCUGCAGAAACAGGAUCCGGCAAGACAUUUGCUUAUUUGUUGCCUACGAUCGAUAUGCUCAAGGCCGAUGAAAAGAAAUGCAAGCGUCGAUUGGAUCACCCACGUGCGAUUGUGUUGGUGCCUACACGAGAACUGGUACAUCAAGUGGUCAAGAGCUGUAAGUCACUCGGUCAUAUCAGCAAGUUUCGUGCAGUAGGAUUAGAAGGUCGGACAGCACGUAGUCAAGUGGCCAGCAUGUUGGCUAAUGGCCCUAUUGACAUCUUGGUCACGACACCCACUACGUUGUUGGCCUAUCAAAAAGAUCACACAGUGUCAUUAGCAGACACACGCUACUUGAUUAUGGAUGAAGCUGAUUCACUGUUUGAUGCUGGAUGGGGUCAAGAUUGUCGACAGAUCAUUCAAUCCGUCCAACGGGUGGCUGACAAGACAGGCGCACCAGAAAAAGUGAUCGUUGUCUCUGCCACACUUCCUAAAUCAGUCCAUAGCACAUUGGAUAGUUUGUUCCCUCAAAUGGUCAAGAUCACCACACCUUCACUUCAUAAAGCAUUACCUAACCUAAAGCAAUCCUUUGUGGAUCUACAAAGGUUCCAGGGCAAUCGCCAGUUAGCUCUACUUGAAGUGUUGAAAAAGAACAUCAAGGACGAUAAGACAUUAGUGUUCUGUAAUACCAAGAAAUCAGUGGAACUGGUCCACCAAUUCUUGGCGAGUAAAAACAUCCAUGCUGUUGCUCUCUAUAAAGAUGCUCCCAUCAGUCGAUCUGAAUCUUUAGCCUUGUUUGCUGGUCCUGUAGAAGAGAAUCAUAAUGUACUUAUCAGUACAGACAUUGCUUCUCGAGGCAUUGAUACGACUUUUGUGGACCAUGUCGUCUUGUAUGAUUUCCCUACAUCUGUAGUAGAUUAUCUUCAUCGUGUAGGCCGUACAGCGCGUGCAGGUCAAGUAGGUAAAGCCACUUCACUUAUCGGUCGUAAAGACCGCAUGAUGUCGGAUCGUAUUCGUCGUGCCAUUCGUGAAGGCAAUGUCAUGACAUGAAAUAAAAUUUUCGUCAUCUUU